UAGUUGUAUAACUCACACAGCUCGUGUAAGGUUGAAGAUGUUUGAUCGUUUAACCGAAGCCUUUUAUGAAACACUUAUAUUACGCCGUAAGCUUAAAUGCAAACGCAACAGCGAAGCAACUGAGCUAUUGCUAAGUUGCUUUGCUGUUGCGUUUGCAUUUAGCAAACACAGCAGCAACACAGCCAGUUCUAAAAGAAAUUUACAUGUGGUUGAAUUCUAGAAAGCUAUGGUUUCUCGUUAGACAACGGAACAUAUAUCGUAUCCCGUCACCGACAACAUAUUGACAGCGAAAUUUGCAAACAGACAAGCUAUCAGUUCAGCUUGGCUAAGAAUGAAUCGUCGCUUGGUUUUUAGCCAGCGAGCAGGCUCAAAUUGGAGCAAAAGCGCGCGCGGCGUAGCCGUGAGCGUGAAAUCGAGCGGCGAAACCGCGAGACACUUUCUUGGCGCAUCUUUACCAGACUCCUUUCCGCCGGAUCGCUUUGCUCUUCGCCGCUCGCGUGCGUGACUCAAAGGUGAGCCUGCUCGCAGGCUACUUAGUCUUAACUGAGCUUAAGACUAAGCGACGACGCGGUAUUUAGAGUUAUAUUGGCCAUAUACAAAAUCACCUUUAAACUGAAGAAAACCUGAAAAUAGUAGUUUACUAAUAAACGACGAACUUGAAAGAUUUACCCUAAACGUUUCAAGAUCCAGAAACCGUGAAAAUAAUGUCUGUGUUGAGAGCUUUUAGCAAACAAGCGCAAAAUUCAUUCCAAUCUUUUAAAGAGAAGAUAUCGCAUGAGACGCUCGCAAACAUACUUGAUGACUUAUCAAAAGGAACGAUUUUAAAAAUAAAUGAGUUGCCUUUCGUAUUAAAUACGGAUCGAUUUUAUUUCAUUAGAGAAUGAAUAUUGAGUCACUAACGAACUUUAUCAAUCAAAGAUAUUAGCAUUAUAAGUUUCCAGGCCAUAAGCACCGACACAAGAAGAGAAGUCAUUAUUAGGGAUGGACUCGAGUUCCGCCGCUCACCAAGGUCCCGCGGGCUCCUUCCUGCGGGCUCUUCUCCCGAACAACGGCUGGUAAUCUAGCCUGUAAUCGAAAUAUGACCCACAAAAACAUACGUCAAACCCGAACAAUUGCAGAGGCACGCGGUGCUAAUGCCUCGUGAGGUUACUCUGCCGCGUCGGCGGCAGGCAAACCACUUAAUUUAUCACCAAAUUAGACUUGAUUAACCGCCAUUUUUCAGUAAACAGCUGGUGUUUUCGUCGCUGUUUUCGAGCAUCCAAACGUCAAAUGUUUAAAAGGGCGGUUAAUUCAACAUAUCAGUUUCAAUACCGGCUGAAAAUUGCUUCUCAAGAAGUCAUAAAUCCCUUGCUUAUAAAACGGCCAUCAAAUGUUUUUCAAAUUCUCGCUUAGCGUUAGGGAAAAUAAAGACUGUGUUUCUUAACUUUAAACGUGAGUACAGAAAAAUUGAAUGACAUGAGAGUCAGUUAUUUUUUCGAAAAGCAGUACGCAUCCAAAAAGUGAAGAAAAACGAACAAAAUUGAUAUCGCUACAUUUAUUUCAGUUGACAAAAUGAAAACCUUGCUAACACAAAGCAGUUUCUCCGCGGAAAAAGUUUCAAUCACAACAUAAUUAAAAUAAUUAAAGGCGAUAAAUUCUACAUCCAAACGACGCUACUUCGCGGUGAAAGCUAAUGGAUUUCAAAGAGUGUGAUGACAGCAAUGUCCUAACUAAAUAGAAGUUAAAAUGACGAAUCGACCGACCAAAACAGUGGUCAUUAAUCUGUCGAGAUAUAUAUAUUUUUUUCACGCCUAUUAAAGACGUUUUUAGUCAUUAAAACAUCGGCAAUAUGGUCAAAUGUGGGAGGAAUAUUUCUCUCAACUACCGCGAGCUAGCAACGAGUUUUUGCCGAGCGGUAGUUUAAACACAAAGGUACUUUACAAUCUGACGACAAAUGCUAAUUGGGAAUUUGUUUGAAUUUGGCCAAUGAAUGAGACUCAUUUCAAAGCAGUCAUUUCGUCGACAACAUAAUUUUUUCCCCAUGAAAACAUCCCAACCGAAUAAAGAUCUAUUGUUUGACGAAGGCAGAUGAUUUGCAAUUCAAAAUACGUUGAAUUUUCCUGACAUCUCUGAGUUGUCGUAAAUAAAGCAGAUAACAUUAGGUACUGAGAGAAAAUAAGAAUUAUUUAAUCGAGACGCCGAACUGGAGGAAAAUAUAAACAGUGUAAGGAAAUCGCCUAAAGGAACACAUCGUCUGCAUAAAUUCCCACAAAAAAGUUUCGCAAGUCUUCUAUCUUACCAAGAAAAACCGAAGGAAACUCGUGGGUGCGAUUCUUGCGUGAAUUCAAGUGUUUUUAUCUCGCGCAACAGGAUAUAAGAGAAAUCCAGUACGGCAAGACUUGAAAAGACAAAAUGUCAUGAAACAAAAAUGAUGGCCACAGUUGGGGAAACGAACUUCCAUUACGCUCGGCGCUUCUAAGGACGCCUGACAUUGUUCACGCAUUGAUCCUUCACGUACGAAAGGAAAACUGAGUCCUGGAGGCUUCAGCAACUGAAUCUACAUUUAAAAUCCUCUGCACCGAGAAAAGACAAGACAUAAUCGACAACAAAGCAGCGAAAUGGAACUGAAAAGAAACACUAGAACCCUUGUGGUCCGAAUUGUCAUGUUGACCGUCUACCUCACAUCUGGUGCCGCCAUAUUUUCGGCGAUAGAGCAUGGCAGAUCAAGCGACGACCACUUUGCAGAUAAAAUAAACGACUUGAAAGAGAAUAUGACCAGGAGAUUUAAUGAGACUAGGGAUGUUAUCGAUCACUACGUCGAGAAGCUGCGUCAAAUGUUUGAAGCGGCUCCCACAUGCAAAUACAGCCAUAACGACUGGAGUUACUACCAGUCACUGUACUUUGUUGGAAGUGUUACGACUACAAUUGGAUAUGGGCACCUGGCACCAAAGACUCAAGGUGGCCGCUUGUUUCUAAUAUUUUUCGCUCUGUUCGGUAUUCCACUGAAUUUACUGACUCUGCAAUCAGUCGGUGAACACAUCAACUAUGGCAUUCAUCUCCUGAUUAAAUACUUCGAGAAAGCAGCGUUCCAACGCGAUCUACCAUCGCACGAGCACAUCAAAUGUUUCGCCAUAAACGUUAUGUUAAUCGCACUAUGGCUUCCGCUUGGAGGAGUUAUGUAUUUCUACUCUGAGAAAGAAUUUGGCUGGACUUUCCUCGAUAGCGUCUAUUAUUGCUUCGUUGCCCUGAGCACGAUUGGAUUCGGGGAUCUGGUGCCGAAUCAAGGCAAGGAGCCAGACUCGUCUUACGAACGAGGCAUGUGGAUCGUGCGUCUUAUGUACUUGGGUUUAGGCCUCUCGCUGCUAUCCAGCAUUUUUACCUCCGUUUUGUUUGCGGCGAAACAAAUUCAAGGCCUUAAGCCGUUUAAACGAGGCAUCUUUCGGUUUGCAACACCAGCUCAAACCGAGCUAAAAGCAAAGCCAUUUACGGCACUAAGGGAAAGAUUUAGACUGGCUAAGGAUUACUCAUCAACUGCUAGAACAGCAGAGGACACAUCAUUCACACCAACACUAAGUAGACACUGCCGACUGCAACAAGAUAAUACACCCUCCAUAGGGUCGGUCUGUAAUUCAAAUAUUAACCCAAACAUCGAAGAACUGGGGUGCCCAGAGUGUUUCAACACUGAAGAACAUUUGGAUACGGCAGAGUGGGAAAAGAAGACAAUACUAGAAACUACGUUGGGAGAACAUGAUUCCAAACAGGAAAACACUAAGGAUUUAAAGGAGAUAAUCAGUGAGAGAGCAAAACACAGAGGAGAGCGAUAACAGAGUCCUUUACUGUGUUAGGCUUUUGCAUGGUAAAUCUACAUUUGUAAUAUGUAUAAUCGUCUUAUAAAAAUAAAUAACAGAAAAGUAUUAUAAAUAAACACCCUCUUCAAUUUG